UGUAUCCCUCCCUCUCCCUCCCAUCUUAUAGGGCGUUGCCUUGCUGACUAUAAAUUGUUCAGUUAACUUUCAGUGAGUUCCUGCCCUCCUCAUCGCAUUACAUCUUACACUUUUUCUACUCAGCCCUAUUCUGCACAUCUUCCUGCAGUCAUGACUGACUUGGAGAAAUGCAUGGAGUCGCUCAUUGUGAUUUUCCACCGCUAUGCCGAUGAAGACGGUGAUGGAAGGACCUUGACCAAAAAGGAACUGAAAAAACUAGUUGAGAAGGAGCUACCCACCUUCCUGAAAACACAACAGAACCCCAAAACUGUGGACCAUAUCCUGAAGGAUCUGGACCAAAACAAAGAUGAUAAGUUGGACUUUGAAGAGUUUCUUCCCCUCGUCGUUGGCCUUUCAUUGGCCUGUGAUAAGUGUUACAUGCUACAUCAAAAGAAGGGCAAGAAGUGAAGGGGAAAUAAUGGUGUGAAUUUCUGUUAUAAUAAGAAACCUUGGUAGCACAAAUGUAUGCCAGACUGAAAAGUAAAGACAACUUUUAACAA